UGGUAGAAAUUUAUUAUUAACAGAACGAUAGAAACCAACACAACAAGAGAAUGCCUUGCGGCCUUGCCUCAAUAUGUUGCCUCGCCGCCGCAGUGUUUCUACUCGGUAAACUCGCUCCUUCUCCUACUCAAUCCCAUUCCCUCCUCAUUACUUCUUCCUAAACUAAUCUUUCACCCAACAGUCUUGCAAUUUGCAGUCGCUGCCCCACAUAAAGAAAUCAAAGAAAACAUCAUCCGUUAAUGGCGGCCAACCCUUUCUUCUUCUUAUCCUUCCUCUCACUUCUAUCUUUCUUAUUCAUCUUACCCACACAAUGCCAGACUGAGCCCUCACCGUCGAUGUCCGGGGGUAACUGGGUUCUGCUACAUUCAAGCAUAGGCAUCUCAGCCAUGCACAUGCAGCUCCUCCGAAACGAUAAGGUCAUCAUGUUUGACCGUACAGACUUCGGUCCCUCUAACCUUUCUCUCCCCACCGGCCACUGCCGUUCCGACCCCAACGACGUCGCUCUCACCAACGACUGUACUGCUCACUCCCUUCUCUACGACAUCCCUUCCAACAGCUUCCGUCCUCUCCUGGUCCAAACCGACACCUGGUGUUCAUCCGGUUCCGUCCUCCCCAACGGUACUCUCGUCCAGAUUGGAGGCUUUAACGAUGGAGAACGCGUCGUCCGUACCUUCUCUCCCUGCACCGACGAUCAAUGCGAUUGGACGGAGUUACCGUACUACCUCUCGGUACGACGUUGGUACUCCUCGAACCAGAUCCUCCCUGACGGACGCAUUAUUGUCGUCGGUGGUCGAAAGGCGUUCACUUAUGAGUUCUAUCCUAAAAGCUCAUCAGCUCCGGUGAAUUACCCUCUGCGAUUCUUGAAAGAAACCAGCGAUGGCAUCGAAGAAAACAAUCUUUACCCGUUCUUGCAUUUGUUACCUGACGGUCACCUCUUCAUCUUCGCCAACACUCGCUCGAUCUUGCUUGAUUACGUCAAGAACCAGGUUCUGCGAGAGUUCCCUGAGAUCCCCGGCGGUCACAAGAGGAACUAUCCUAGUACUGGGUCGUCGGUGUUGCUUCCGCUUUUUCUUUCUCAGUCGCCGGAGGCGGAGGUGAUGGUGUGCGGUGGUGCGCCACCCGGCGCAUUUUACCUAACGCAGCAAGGGGUGUACGUAGGCGCAUCCAGCACCUGCGGUAGACUCAAGGUGACAGACCCGAAUCCGGUUUGGGUCAUGGAAAAGAUGCCGAUGGGUCGAGUCAUGCCCGACAUGCUCCUCCUCCCUACGGGAGACGUCCUUAUUCUCAAUGGCGCCGCCAACGGUACGGCCGGUUGGGAGGAUGCGAUCAACCCAGUUCUGAACCCGGUUCUUUACCAUCCUUACGAACGAGACUCGACUCGCCGGUUCAGUGUCCUCGAGGCAUCCCCGAUUCCUAGGCUGUACCACUCGGCAGCGGUGGUGAUACCCGAUGGGCGCAUUUUAGUGGGAGGCAGCAAUCCCCACAGGCUUUAUAACUUCACCGGCGUUCUUUACCCGACGGAGCUGAGCUUGGAGGCGUUUUCGCCGCAUUACCUGGCGACAGAGUACUCGGAUUUCCGACCCCGGGUUGUAGCGGCGGGACCCAACGUAUCGUAUCAUGAUACGUUCACAGUGGCGUUCGAGUUAUCGGUGUACCGGUCGGAACAGGGGAUAUCGGUAACAUUGUUGGCGCCGUCGUUUACGACGCAUUCGUUCGCGAUGAAUCAGAGACUGUUGGUGUUGAAUGUGGUCAGUCUUAUCCAACUUUCCACAUCGGCAUAUCAGGCCAGCGUGGAGGGGCCCACAGAUGCAGCGGUGGCACCACCUGGAUACUACUUGGUAUUUGUGGUCCACGUUGGCAUUCCAAGCCACGGUGUAUGGGUCAAGGUCGGGUGAAGAAGAUUGGAGAUGAUGGGGAAAGAAUGUUCAAGAUCGAGUGAGUGAACGAGAGUGGUCGUUACUUUCUCCAUUUCCAUAUUUACCCUUGGAUGGAAUGCUGAAUGGGACUUGAGAUGGAAUUAUUAUGAUUUUUCUCGAGAAA